AUGAGUCCCUCACAAUCGGAAUCUGACCUGAGUGCGUUCGAGGGGAACGGCAACAGUAAGAGAGGUAGCAUUCGUGAAAGUGGAAGCAGUAGGAAGAAAUUUGCUUGUGUUGAAUGCCGACAGCAGAAAUCUAAGUGCGAUGCUCAUGAGAGAGCACCGGAGCCCUGUACCAAAUGUGCUAAGAAAGAUGUGCCUUGCAUUUUGAAGAGAGAUUUCAGAAGAACUUAUAAACGUGCACGGAAUGAAGCUAUUGAGAAAAGGUUUAAAGAACUUACGAGAACUCUAACUAAUUUGAGCUCAGAAGAUAUAUUGAAGAAGAUUGAACAGGAACAGAAAGAUUUGUUGAGUGGACAGAACUUCACUAAGGAAAAGUUAAAAAUAAAGAAAUUGAGCACUACGCAAUCAAAUGUUUCUUCGUCCGUUCCUUCUUGGGAUAUCGAAGAGAUCACCAACGGCGAUGCUGAUGCGACGGAAGAUAACAAAGUGGAAAAUGAGCAAUGCUCAAUAAGCGAUCAACAACUGGUAUGCUCGCCUAAAAGCCUUGGUGAAGUUUACAUGUCAAGUGAUGAUAUCGCAGAACUGUUUCAAGAGUUCGCAACAAAAUAUCACCCUUUCCUGCCGGUUGUCGACAUUUCAAGAGGUGCAGAAAGUAUAUACUCACUCUCACCAUGCUUAUUUUGGGUCAUACUAUUGAUAGGGCUGCGCCGAAAGUCUGGUGCUAUUGAUCUCAUGACCAAGUUGUCAAGCUUGGUGAAAUCUAUUCUGGCAGAGAUUACAAUAUCACCUAUCAUACGAUAUACGCCUUCCGAGAAUGACGAACCUGUUUUGAACGUUGCAUCUGUUUAUUCCGUUCAAGCAUUUCUACUGUACACAUUUUGGCCACCGUUGACUUCCUCACUGAGUGCCGAUACUUCUUGGAACACAAUUGGUACAGCUAUGUUCCAGGCGAUAAGAGUAGGCCUCAAUUGCGCUGAAUUUUCGAAAGAAUAUGAGUCUGCAAAUUCUGAGCUGAUAAGCGAACAGGUGAGAACAUGGGUUUGCUGCAACGUUGUCUCACAAAUAAUUGCAUCAUCCUUCGGUUUCCCUGCAUAUGUGUCAUUCGAUCAUGCCGUGAUAAUAGCCACAGCAGAGAACCAGGACAAAAAUGAACGUCACAGAGUACCUCUUCCAAUCAAACAAAUGGCACAAAUUGCACAUUUCGAGAAUCAGGUCAUAAGUACCAUGAAUUCGAAUCCUUCCAACGAACUUGGGAUGGUCGGCGGUGAACAGAAGCAACCGUUGUUACAUGUGCUAAACCAGCAGCUGAGUCAACUAGAAAUGAAUCUGGAAGAGAACAAUUUGGACAGUAUGAGAAAAUUUCUGUUAUUGGUUGCUAAAGUUCAUCUCCUCACGUACUACUUUACAGAUACAUUUCCCAAGCAUAAAAAGGAGUCUACUGAUGUUAGAUUGAUGUCUCUGUCAGAGAUCGCAUCUAAUUUUGAGACCAAACGAGGCUUGGUGAGAGUUUUCAAUGCAGCAAUUGAUCUCUUGGGGCACUCAACGAAGAUGUGGCAAACUGAUCCAGCGAUAAUCAAAUAUUUUCCGGGUGUCUUUGUCCUGAAUAUUUGGCAAUCUGCAUGUAUAAUAAGCAAACUGGUGCACUCGUCACUCUCCGCGGUCCUAGACAUUGAUAGAGGCAAGAAAGCGUAUCAGGAUGCUGUGUCGCUGACUUUCAAUGCGUCAGUGCUAAAACACGACAUGGCUUAUAGAUCAUCGGCAAUCAUGAAAAGCAUAUGGAGCAUGUUUGCCAAUAUGCAUGGAGAUUGGAAAAGAGACAAAGUUUGUCAAGUUGAUAAGUUUGCCAACGAUUUCAAUCUGGGAAUCAGCAUCAAAUCUCGAAUGUCUGUCAGCGUAUUCUUCGACUGUCUCUAUAUACUGAGAGAAAAAUGCGGUAUGGCCAAGAUAAGAAGAGAAGCACAACAGUUGGAGGAUGAAGAGGAUUACGACGAGGAAGAUGAGAACAACAGUGAAGAACAACGAGCCGCACAGAGAAGAACAUUAUCCAGAAUUAGGCACCCUGAGGAAAGCGCAAGAAAAAUUAUAAAGACAACUCCGCUAGAUCCCAAUCCAAUCAAUGCGGCGAACACCAGUAGUGGUAGCAGUCUAGCUUCGCCCAACAGUCAACCCGCAGACGUCUUGAGUCUCAAUGGUAUUCUAAACAAGAGUUCCCCGAGGAACAUCCCAAUGGCAUUAGAAGAACCGAACGCUCUAACGAACAAUCCCUCUCUACAAGAAGAAGACCAACAAUCGCUAGUGCCAUCUCUAUUCGGUCUACCUGAAAGAUCAAUAGAUCCCAGUCCAGGACACAAUCCGCAAUUAGCCCUCCCAGAACACUGGGACAACUGGGAAUCAGAUUCUGUCUGGAGGGACGUCGAUAUUCUAAUGAACGAAUUUGCAUUCAAUCCAACGGUUUAG